AUGAAGCUCGCUCGUUUUUUGAUGAAAUUGCGCAAUGAACAGGUUACCAUCGAACUAAAGAACGGUACCACUGUGUGGGGGACAUUGCAAACUGUAUCUCCUCAGAUGAAUACGACUUUGACUGAUGUUAAACUGUCUUUACCCAAUAAGGCUGCCAAGGCGGCUGUUGCAGCUCUAUAUCUCACUGGUGCAAAGCUAGACACAGAAAAUACCAAGGUCGAUGGAAGUACAACAUUCCUACAAUAUAUUAAUAUUCGUGGUAACACUAUUAGGCAGAUUAUUCUUCCAGACUCUCUAAAUCUGGAUUCUCUUCUGGUAGAUAAUAAUGAAGUGAAUAGACUCAAAAGAUCAGGAAAGGUAGCGAUAGAUCCUAGCAGGAAACGAAGAAUCGAACAUAACGGCAAUCCAAGCAAAAGAGUGAAAAGGGCUUUAUAA